GAGCCAUAAACCCAUGGCUGGCUCACUGUUAUUAGAAUGUUAUUGUUAGGGUGCCAGUGCCAGGUGCCUUUAUUUUGGUCAUCAUUCGGGUGUCUUGAUAAGAGUGAUCUAUGUUUAGGUUCUCUUUAUCUUAUCAUGACCCUCGUGCCUUAGAAAAUGAAUGAUAUGAGGAGAUAAGUGAUUUUUAUUUAGAUUAUUAUCAAUAUCCUUUCAAGUGUUGUGUAGCAAUAAGGAAAAAAUGAAAUUGUUAUGUUGAAAAGCUUUUAUUUACAUCAUGUUUUCAUCUCCAUUAGAGUAAAUUGUUUAUCAUUUAAUCAGAUGACUGCAUAUACUUUUGAUAUUUUCAAUACUGUCACUGGUAAAUAGCUUGACUAAAAACAAAAAUAAAGAUUGAGUUUUACAAGACAGUAUUUUUUCCAGUAUGCAGAAUACAUCAGAAUAUUAUAUUUAUUUUCAUGACUUUUCAUCACUUUAAUCUAUCCUAAAAAUGUCCUAAUUUGUUAAAUGCAUAGAAGAAACUUGCAGAACUGGCACUAUUCCCCAUGCCUAAUUCCACUCCAGCAAAGGCCAACGAAUCCCAACACAUUCCAUCAAUAUAGAACUUUGCGAUCCCAGGCAAUUUGAUGUCAAAUAAGUUACCAGUCAAUGUUAACAAAAUUAUAUGUAGGGGAGUUUGUGACAAGCAGUUGAACCUUCAUUGUUAAUUAUCAUAACAAAUUUCAAGUAGAUUUCGAUAGGAUGUAGAGUGUAAUUAUUAGGAAAGACUCCAUUGCAAAUGUACAGGUACCAUCUAAAUAUUUACAUUAGAUUUUUACCUUUAAUGCAUUUCAUUAUUAAUAAUACUGUUAUUUAAAUUUUUUUUGUGCCAAAAUAAGUUCAUGAUGAUUCCAGUAGUGAUAAUGAUUAAUUUCUUUGAUAAUGUACUGUAGCAGUAUUCAGCAGAAUGAUAAGAUGUGUGCAGCAUUAAGAAAUACGAUGAAAAUCGAAACAAAAAUGGUUCCCUGACAGAAGUUUAUGUACAUCACCAACAUGUCCAGAUGGCUCCGUGGUGCAGUUUGGGCAGCAGGGACUUGUGUGGUUUGGUGUCCAGUGUGUGUGUGCCUGAGUGGGGGAGGAGCAUGGUGGGUGUGCGCAUGUGCUGUCGGCCUUAUAACCGUCACUUUGGGCUCAGGAUACACCACGUGGACCAUUUUCAACAAUUUUUUGAGAGAGGGUCCCACCUCAUAUCCACUCCUUGCAAAAUGCUUUAGCAUAGUGGAGCGUAUUGUCGAGAAGGGACAUGGCAUCAGUCCAGAUGUUCAUGAGAAAGGUAUACAGUCCAGCCCAUCUCACACCCUCAGAGGGGCUGGUGUGCUGCAGAUCACAGGCUCUGGAGAACUGGUCAUCCAAGAGCUGGAGAUCACAGCUGCAUCCCUGCAUUCCGUUCUGGUCCAUCCCUGGUACUGUCAUGUCUCACCAGAUAACCACUUCUCAUACCAGAUAAAAGAUAUCCUGGAAGAUAUCCUGAUCAGUAUGUGCCAGCGGAUAAAACAGUCUGGCAAUGUGACUGCCGUGGCUUCAGGCAUCAUCCAGGUCUACAUUCAGCACUAUCGGCAGUACCAGCGAGCACUAAGAAAGAUCUCCAAGAAACACAAAGAUUCAGAGCCUCUGAGCAGUGCAGGAGUGCAGGAGCUCCAGGCAAAAUACAAGCCCCUGCAUCCUGCCCUCAAGAGUCCCGAAACCCUUCGAACCUACUACCGCAAGUUGGCACAAAUUCUCCUACAGCAUUACUUACCAGUAGAAAUGAUACGCUGCAACCUCAUCUUGGUCUCCCUGCGAGAUCUCUUUGCUCAAAAUGUCUUACAGGCCUUUGUAGACCUGCUUUGUGAUACUCAGUGGCUUAACACAGUGCUAGCAGAAAUACUCUCAGAAGUCUCAGAUGGUGCAACAGGCGUUGGGGGGGCCGGGGGAAAGGGUGGACAGAGCACAGGGCAAGAAGCAUCAAGUGAGGUAUCAGAUGUGUCUAAAGUUUUGCAGCAGGCUUCUAACAGUGAGAAGUUGCAGGCACACUCAAGCUUGCUAGAGGCAAUUGAAGAGGAGACUCUGUCAGAGCUACAGCAGCUGGAUCCUGCUGUUGCCCUCCAGAGUGAUGCUCAGCAAAGCCAAGAAGCAAGCUCCCCUAAGAGUGAGGAUGGCAGUGAAGCCAAGUCAGCUGAAAGUGAAAAGUUUGAGAAUGCAGAGGCUCUUGUCCAGUAUGUGAGAAGCUCAAGCUUAGAGAAAGAGAGCAAAGAGGAUGAAGACUAUAGAACUGUGUCAUCAGCCCUAGGGACACUCUUAUCUACUACAGCAGGCCCUCUUCUGCCAGACAACUCUGCCAUGCAGUACCAGCCCUUGGUGACCAAGAUGUGGGAGAGCCCUGUGGACGAUAAGUGCUUUGUAGACAUGUCAUCUCUCAGAAGGAAGAAGAACCCCUUUUCUCGUAAUGUUGUAGAAGGUAUGAAAGAGGAGGAGUAUAAACUGUUGUACUAUCCUCCAAAAGGAGAGAAAAAAUCUUCAGCAGGUAUGAAAAGCCCUAGUAAAGAUAAAGAAAGAAAUACUGUGCCAAAAGUAGAGGACCUUAGCAACGGGAAAAUUGAGAUCAGGCUCAAUGACAGUGAUUUGCAGGAUGAUGAAGACAUUCAACGGUUAAGUGCCACACCUACCAUUGGGGAAAUUCCACGCAGUAAGAGUUGUGGAAGCCUCAUGAACAAGGAGCAGGAAGAGACCAGACACAGGGAAGGGAAAACAAUCCAUGCAUCUCUUAAUGAACUAGAUAAGCCAAAUGAACAGAGCGAGAAAAGUGAGAAGAGUGGCUGGCAAACAGAUCCAUCCUUUAGUUUGAGUGAUGAUGAAAUGACCAACAGAAAAGAGAAAGGACACUUAGUGAAGAUGAACUCCUUUGAUAAGAAUGAUGGAACAGAUGAAAUCUCAUUAGAAAUAAACAGAAAACUGGAUGUAGACUCUGAAUCACCAUUAAAGAAUAGAAUAGUCAAAGAACCUUCGGGUUUCACAGCUGAGGAGAAUGGUUGCAUCCCGCUCAACCUACCCUCUGGGGAUGUCCCUCAGGCAUCUAGCACACCUGUUGAUAUGACAGAUGGUGAGCCUCCAGGUACGCUGGAGAUCUCUCCGCCCAUCAACAAUGCUGGCUUUGGGUGGGAGAACCCUGACCUUUCACCCAUUUAUGAAGAGAGUGAAGACCUAGCAUCAUCCAUUGCCAAGCUGAGAUCUUUAUUAACUGAGAGAGAGAGUCAGCACAGCCUUGGUAGCCUGAGUUCCUACGGCUCAAGCGAGAGUGAACCUAAAUCUGCACAAUCUGACCCUGGAAGGUACACCCAGGAGAAGUCACGCUUUACGUUUACUCACAAAGACAGCUCAGGCUCUCUCGCAUCAGUCAAGUCAGUCUCAAGUUUAGAGUCAUGUGGCAAUGGUUUGGCAGAUGAAGAGCUCUUGGAAGCAGCUGAGAUACCCCUCGAUGGCCGUGUGUUCCUGAGUGUGAGCGUCCCCUCAACGGAGGUUCAUACUGAGCCAGGAGGAUCACAGUACACUCUCUAUACUAUUCAGUAUGAUGCUAUUUACCUGUGUGAGAGUGCGGCAACACCCCAGACAGAAGUGGCAGAGGAGGCGUCGAAAGAACCUUUGGCUGUUCCAGAGCCACGGAUGGUACUUCAAACAAACUGUGUGAAAAGGAGAUUUCGUGAGUUCCUGACCCUGCAUGCAGCACUGGAGGAAGAUUCCAGACUACGAACGGCAAUGAAGGGAGUCAAGGGGCCCAAUAAAUGGCUUAACUUACCCUUCAGCAAGUUGGACUCCACAACCAUUGCUACACGGAAGCAGUUCCUUGAAAAAUAUCUUCAGUCAGUGAUCCAGAGGCCAGAGGUGAAUAUAUCAACCCCAGUCAAGGAGUUCCUUGCGUAUGGAUCAGAUUCUUCAGUCUCAUUUGUCAAGAAGCCCCUGGAGUUGCAUGUUCCUCGUCUGGACAAGCUCCUGGCAAAGACAGUAUCAGGUGUCUUCCAUAGCCUUAAAACGGCGCUUCCGAGCUUCGAGUCCUCAGACACAAGCACAGCAGGAGAGGCUGCGGGGAACCUUGGAGUGAAUGGAGGUGCAGGAGGAGAUGGCAUGUUGAAGAGCAAGAGUGGAGGGGUCCUCAGUGAGCGAAACAAACUGGCUGCUUUUCUCUCCAGUGGCAACAAAGCUGAAUAUGAACUGAAACUGGAUAUCACUGCAGAGGAAGAGGAAUGCCUGAUUGAGGAAGCAUUAAUGGUUGAAAUUUCUGGCUCCGAGAAGGACGAGUUAGUGGACACAGCUUAUGAAGCCAGAGAGUCACGCAACCUCUUCUCUCCCGUUCUUUAUAAAAGGAUUCAGCUCCAACAGCAACAGGAGCAGCAACAAUCAGUACAGCAACAGUCUCCAGAACAGCAGCUUCACCAGCACCAGCUUUCUGUUGUUGUGGGGAGAGGAAGUGCUGCAUAUGCGGCCCCCCCCUCACCUGCCUUCCAUGCAGUUCCAUCUCCUAGUGCCACAUCCAAAGAGGAAGCUUGUGAUAAUCUGGCACUGACAAGGAGAGAGAGCCAAGAAGAUUCUCCAAAUGAAGGAGAGGAGGACUGUGCCUGGCAGAAGUGGCCCCUCUCUGUGGGUGCGAUGGAUGCUGUGGUGGAAAUCCUCUCGCCUUCAGAUCACCCUAUCACUCAUCAGCCAUGCGUUACUCUUCUGACUCUCACUGCAGCACGAAUCACUCACAGAUGGCUACAGACAGAAUUAGAGCGCUUAUCUUCUGAGCCUCAAAUGACAGAGUAUAUCCAUGCCUUGAGAGAAGCAAUUCUCAAUGCUGCAGAGAGAACACCAGAACCAGCACCCAGUGACACAGAGGCAUCUCGGGUACAGCUUCAAGAGGCUUUGAGCGACUUCAUUCCAGGGUUCUUGAAGAUGAUGCUAGGCAAGGAGCUGACGCAGCAGGCAAUCAUGCGCAUGGUUGACUCAAUCCAGUACCCAGCAGUGACAGCAGACCUGGCCCUCCACAUCCUAGACCUCCUGGUCAUCCGCCUGAUCCCUGUUGCUCCACUCAUGCUUUGAACCACUGCCGAGGGUGCCCAAGGAAGCCCUCAACAAGAACAGUGCCACAUGUGAUAGAACUAGAGUGUUAGCAGAAGUGUCUGCAGACAGUGUAUUGGCAGUUUUUAAAUAUGAAUGAGUAGUGUGUUCACAGCUUUCAAAUUCUAAGAAGUCAGUUGUUUCCUUAUGAAAUUGAAAUGGAAUCUGAUGAAAACCAGUGUUAUUGUAGUCAGUAUACGUUGACAUCCUUCAUGUUCAUGCACUCUGAUCUUAUUUAUGGCUAGCUCAUCCUAGAAAAUAGUGAAUAGGCUGAGCAUGGAAUUAAACUGGUUAUUUGCCAUUUGAUAAUCUACAUAAAGUGUAAUGCAUAAAAGGAAAAGGAAGUGUUGUUUGUUUUACUGAAUUAUGGUAUAUGUGAAUAUGUAUUGGAAAUGAUAUAGCUGCCCACUUUAUUUGAAACUGAACAGUUAGUUACUAUUACAUAAAGUGAUCAGUAUUGUUUGUUCAGUUAUUAUCUGACAGACACGAAAAUAUAGAUAUCAACCACUGAAAGAAAACCAGGAUUUUUGAUUCUGUAAUAUUACAGAGGAUACAUGAUCCUGGAAACAAAAGUCUUGUAUCAAAUGACAGCCUAAGAAUGCAUUUUGUUGCAUAUAUAAACAUUUUGGGAAUUACAAAAAAAAAAAAAGAUAGAUAAAGAAGAAGCAGAAGGAAAGGAAAGAAGAAAAAUAAUGGACCGUAAGGGAAAUGUAUAAGCAACUAAAGGUAGCCUAAGUUUCUUCUGGUAAUCAGUGCUUUGGAUCUCUCUGUCUUCCUCUCAGGAACACGUAUGUCUGUAAAAGCAGAGAAGGUGUUGUGGCACUUGUACAAGCACAGCUGAGUAACAAAGGAAACAUAUCUCUCCCCCCCCCCCCCAAAAAAAAAAAAAAAAAAGAAUUCUAGCCACUUGGUUUUCUGUCAAGUCUUGCUCUUUUGCAGCUUAUUUAUUUAUUAGAUUUUUUUUUCUGAAAGUGGCACUGUCUCAAAAUCCAUUAUGAAGGGAAUCAGUAUUAGUUUUAUUAUUAUUUUUUUUUUCUUUUCAUGUGUGUUAUUCCUGCCAUCAUUUUUGGCAUCUUUAUCAUCAAGGAAUCGUCAUCCUUAUGCUCAUUGUCACUGUCAUAUCGUCACCACUGUCAUUGCCAUUUUAGUCAUUAUUGGUAUGACUUUUGUUUGAAAGUUUUAACCUAUACUAGUCUCAUUAUUUAUUUUUCUGUUUUGUUAUUUGACCGAUUACUUAUUAAUACAGUAGUUGUUUAUAGGAUGAUUGCAUGUUGCUUACAGCUAUAUCUAAAUUUGCAUUUUAUUUUCAUAAUGUCUUUUAUUAUAUUCUAUUUAUUACAUAAUUUUGCAUUCUUUUUUUUUAAUUUUUUUUGAUUUUUGAAUUAAUGUGGUUUCAAAUAAUCAAGUGUCUAGUCUGUUCUUGAGGAGUCAUUAUAUGUUAACACAAUAUUUGUGUAUUAUCCCUUUCCAUUUAGUUUUGUUACUGUGAGGUACUGAAUCUGAAAGGUUUAAAGAAUUACACAAUGUUAAUAUAAAUCUGUUCUGUGAUUCUUGUAGAUAAUAGAUGUAAAAUUUUUGUUGUGUUUCUUGUAAUUCAUGAUGCUGCUAUUGCGGUGUAUAUCUCUCCUAAGUUAGGUAGAAGAAGGAUUAUAAUGAUAAAGUAAAUUUUUUAUUGACACAUAACUAGGGUUACUAAAUACUUUUGGUGUCUUUCCUUUUCAUAAACAAAGUCCAGUGAUGAUCGCUCUGUCUGUCCCUAUCUCUCUUUCUCGCCCUUGCUGUCUCUGCCUGUCUCUCUGUUUUUGUCUCACUGCCUCUGUAUACCUCUCUGUCUUUGUCUCUCUUUCUUUUUUCCCUGAAAUGGACCCCAUCUUUUUCCCUAGUAGACAAAGAUCUCACACAAAACAUUCCUUCCGCAACUUCCAAAGCCAGAGGUCUGCUAGCAUUGGAACAAAUCUCACCAUUUUUCCAGCCUGCAGAGUGUGGCUCGAUCUUUGGCCACCUGAAGGAUCAGAAGUCGGUCCCAAGUAUAUAUUUCUAUGUCUCAUGCUAGUUUAUUGAGUGGACAGUAUAGUUCAGUGUGUGAUAGAAAGCAUUUUGUACAAAGUAGAAUAAUGCUAUGUAAGUAGUCUAUUUGGUUAUAUGUUUCUAUAGAAAGCUGGAAAUUCAUGAAAAUAGUAUAUUUUAAGUCUAUGUCUGUAGUACUGCAUUUAGUUGAGAAGUCAUUACACUGAUAGUAAACGUAGGCAAUAUUUAAGGAGCUCCAAAUGUAGCAUAGCAGUAUAUAUAGAUAUGAAAAUAAUUUGUAAUGGUUUAGUAUAUGCAGAUAUGAUAGAUUUCUAUUUUGUGAAAGAGAAACAAGCAUCAUGAAUAGUUAAUUUCUUGCAGAGAAGUGUAUGCUGUGUGUCCAUAUAUAAAUCAUUAUAAUGUAGCAUUAAUUGAAUGUAUGACACUGGUAAAUGAGAGAAUAGCUUUAAGAUUUCUUCUCUGUGAAUAUGAUAUAAAUAAGUACCGAUUCUAACCAAUGAACUAACGAAGAAAAAAAAAUCAUAAAUGUUAUUUGAAAAAAAUUAUUGUUUACAGGAGUUUAAGAAUAUUGAAGCAAAUCUGACCCUCAUCCCUUUUGACACCUUUUUGUGUUUGCUUGUUUGUAAAGUUAUCUUUAUUUGAGCAUAGAACUGGCAACCUUCAAAGUAUCAUUACAGUGUCUGUGAAAAGAGAAUAGGAGUAUAAUGUUGAAUCUAUAUUCUGUUUUUAGUUCUUCAAAUUCUCCUGUAUCUUUGAUAUCUUUGAGCCUACCUCCCCUAAUUAACAAUGAAUGUAGAGACCUCAGACCAUAACCAUGAACUGAGCAGCUUGUAUUUUGCACAUGGAUUUCAACUUACCUUUGGAACUGAUGUCAUGUGUUUGCUUGGAUGCUGUGCAUGCAAGCACCACUUUUAGCUCAAGGAAGGUGAUGCUGAUUCAGAUCUGGUGAAUGUGAACACAAUAAUUGCAAGGGCUUCCUUCUGCACUGAUCCCUGGUGGUCCAGUGCCUUUCUCCAUAUUUUUCCCCCACUUAGACUUAUAUUCUGGUAGAGUUUUUUUAUACCCAGCUGAUGUCAGAAUACACAGGAAACAUAAUUGCAUUAUGAUAUGGAGUAUGAACACACAUUUUUAUCUGCCUAGGAUAUUCUGUAUGAAAACUACUUGAAUGAUUGCAUUAAGCUUACCAUGGCAGAGGUGACAAAGGUAGUAGAUGAUUGUUCAUUUUGACUGUAUUGCUUUUGUUUCCCCACUUUUCUAUUGAACUUUUUUUUCAAAAGGAUGGAGACAGUAACAGUGUUGUGUUAAGGCUGUAGACCAGUGUGUAUCUUACAUUGUCUUUCUCAAGAUCUCAGAAUAAUGUAUUUUAUGUUGUGAGAAAUGACAAUUUUUGAUGUAAAUGUUUCACUAGGUGCAUUCUAUUGCAACAAAUAUUUUUAUUAUGAUAAAUUGAUUGAUUUUCGUAAAUGGUUCAUAAAACAAAAAAUGAUAAUAUUUUUUUC